GUCGGGCGUCUGGGCUUUUCCCGACCCGCCUCGGCAUGCGGGGCGCCGCCCUCACGCUGUUGGCGGCGCUGGCCUGUCUCCUGACGGUCUUCGUCGCCGGUGUCCUUGCCAAGCCCGGCUACACGGAGAUUCACGCCCCGGGGUACUGCGCCUUCUACGACGAGUGCGGUCAGAGUGUGGAUCCGCUGAACCCGGGCCCCUUCGUGUGCCCGGACAACCGCCAGGCGGUGCCGCUUGACUCCAACCGCGCCGAGUUCGUGGCCGAGCUGGAGGAGUUCUGCGGCCCGGACUUCUCCCGCGACCGAAUUGACUCGGUGUGCUGCUCCCCGGCGCAGCUGGUCACCAUGAAGAAGUCCCUGUCCGCGGCGCAGACCUUCGUCUACAACUGCCCGGCCUGCUGGACCAACCUCAAGUCAUUCUGGUGCCACCAGACCUGCAAUCCGAACCAGUCGCUCUUCUGGAAUGUCACCGACAUCCAGACCGACCCCUCCGGCAGUGGGCUUGACGUGGUGAUGUCCGGGGCGUACUUUGUGUCGGCGGAUUUCGGCCAGAAGCUCUAUGACUCCUGCGCCGAGACCAAGUUCGGCAUGUCCAACUCCCUGGCCAUGGACUUCAUUGGUGGUGGUGCUGACAACUACCUGGACUUCCUGCGCUACAUGGGUGACCCGAAGGCCAUGGGCUCCCCCUUCAAGAUCUUCUUCCCCGACACCACGGAGCCCUACGACCCGGUGAUGCAGCCGCUGGACGUGUCGCUCUACCGGUGCGACGAUGAGAACCCGGACUUCCGGUGCGCCUGCAUGGACUGCGCCAAGUCCUGCCCCAUCCCGGUUCCCCUGGAGGAGACCGGCGUCAUGUGCAUGGUCGGGUCCAUCUCCUGCCUGUCGCUGAGCCUGAUCAUCAUCUACGGGCUCUUUGCCACGGCCAUGGUGGCGUAUGCCCUCCUCCGGAAGGACUCCUUCGGUGGCCGCGAUGACACCGUCUCCGAGGCCCUCUACCACCAGGUGGAGUCCGAGGUCCUGGAAUCCGAGAAGAAUCGCGACACCCGGGCCGCCGAUUGGGUCCUCUAUGACUACAUGCAGCGCUUCUUCUUCAAGCUGGGCUUCCGUGUGGCCCGGCACCCGGCCCUGACCCUGCUCUUCGGCCUGCUGGCCAUCGAGGUGUGCCUGCUGGGGCUGAUUUGGUUCCGCAUCGAGGUGGACCCGAUCGAGCUGUGGGUCGCGCCGAAUGCCGUGUCCCGCACGCAGAAGGACUACUUCGACCAGAACUUCGGGCCCUUCUACCGGACCCAGCAGUUCAUCGUGUCCAUGAACCAGCCCGAGCAGCAUGAGCUCAUCACCGAGAGCACCAUGCGCUUCCUCUUCGAGGUGGAGGCUGGCAUCAACAACCUGCAUGCCACGGUUGGCGACAGCUUCUCCGCGCGCAAUGUCACCCUCUCGGACCUGUGCUUCAAGCCCCUGGGGGAGGAUUGCGUCGUCCAGUCCGUCACCCAGUACUGGCAGGGCGAUGAGGCGGUCUUCGACAAGUACCUCAGCAACUGGGAGGACCACUUCAAGCUGUGUGUCACCAACCCCAGCUUCCCGGGCGAUGCGCAGCAUCCCCCCUGCCUGCCGUCCUUCCAGGACCCGCUCAAGACCCAGAUCGUCCUCGGCGGCUAUGAGGACACCGACUACAUGACGGCCCAGGCCUUCGUCAUCACCUACGCCAACCUCAACUCCCUGGACGAGCACUUCCUCGACAUGGCCUACGCCUGGGAGAAGGAGUUCGUUCGGUACAUGGCCGAUGUGGUGGCCAAGCCGGAGUAUGCCCACAUGCGUAUUACCUACUUCACGGAGUCCGGUGUCGAGGUCGAGCUCGCUCGCGGGUCCACCUCUGACAUCACCACGAUUGCCGUGUCGUACUUGGUCAUGUUCCUGUAUGUGUCGCUGUCGCUCGGCAGCUUCUCCACCAUGCGGCGCUUCGUGGUGGACACCAAGUUCACGCUCGGUGUGGCCGGUGUGGUCAUCUGCCUGUCAUCCUUCCUGGCGGCUGUCGGCAUUUUCAGUGCCAUCGGCUACAAGACGUCGCUGAUCAUCGCCGAGGUCAUCCCCUUCCUGGUGCUGGCGGUCGGUGUGGACAAUGUCUUCAUCCUGGUGAAUGCCUUCAACCGGUUGGACCGGUCGCGGCCGGUGUCCCUGCGCGUGGCGGCCACCCUGGCCUCGGUCGGGCCGUCCAUCACCCUGUCGGCCUUGUCGGAGUCGGUGGCCUUCCUGCUGGGUGUCAUUGUCACCAUGCCGGCGGUCAACUCCUUUGCCCUGUACUCCGCGGUGUCGGUCUUCAUCGGGUAUCUGCUGCAGAUCACGGUGUUCAUGGCGCUGCUGUCGGCGGAUGCCCGGCGCCGGGAGGCCCGGCGGGUGGACUGCCUGCCAUGCAUCCAGCUGUCGCCCGAGACGCUGGCCGGGCCGGAGGGCCUGGUCGACAACAAGUCCCUGACCGCCGGCACCGCCGGCGGCGGCCCGGACUACCUGGGCCACGAGGAGGAGCAGGAGGGCGCCACCAAUGGCAUGACCUCGGCCGAGGAGGCCGGCAUGUCGAUUGCCCACGACGGCGGCCCCAUCGGUGCCUCUUCUUCGGCUUCCUCCCCGGACCAGUAUGAGCGCCUGGCCGCGCCGGUGGUCGAUCCGCCGGGGAUGCUGCAGCGCUUCGUGGAGCAGCGGGUUUCCCCGCUGCUGGCCAUCCGCUGGCUGCGCAUCUCGAUUGUCCUGGCCUUUGGGGCCCUGCUGGUGGCCGGGGUGUCGCUCAUCCCGCACGUGGAGCUGGGCCUGGACCAGACCAUCGCCCUGCCGGACGAUUCGUACUUGAUUCCCUACUUCCAUGACCAGGCCAACUUGCUGAUGGUCGGCGCGCCGGUGUACUUCGUGGUGCAGGGCGGCAAUGCCACCACCACCGAGGGCAAGGCCCAGCUGUGUGGCGGCUUCCACGGGUGCGAUGUCUACUCGGUGGCCAACAUCCUGGUGGAGGAGACCACCCGGUCGGAGGAGUCCUUCAUCACCCUGAAUCCGGCUUCCUGGAUCGAUGACUACCUGUCCUGGCUGAACCCCAUCAACAAGCGCUGUUGCCGAGUCCAGCGGUCGGAUCCGUCGAUCUUCUGCCAGGCCGACGAGGACCCGCUGAGUGUCCGGUGCCGGACCUGCUACAACAUGGAGCAGUUCAACAACCUGGACCUCGGCCCGGAGGGCAAGGACUUCCUGCAUUAUUUGGACCUCUACAUGCAGGCCAUCCCCGGGGUGGAUUGCCCGCGUGCCGGUGCCGCGGCCUAUGGCGAUGCCAUUGUCCCCCUGCCGGAGGUGACCUCGGUGGAGGCCUCGCACUUCCGUACUUACCACACGGUGCUGGUCACGCAGGCGGAUUACAUCCAUGCGUAUCGGCAGGCAUUGCGCGUGGCCGACCGCGUGGCCGAGGAGUACCCCGGCCAGCUGACCGCCUACCCGUACUCCAUUUGGCACAUCUACUUCGAGCAGUAUUUGACCAUUGUGCCGGUGGCCUUUGUGGUGCUGGGUGCCGCGUCGGCCGCGGUGUUCCUGGUGUCGUGGCUGAUCCUGGGCCAGUUCCUGGCCGCGGUGUUUGUCCUGCUGCCGGUGCUGAUGAUCGUGGCCAAUCUGGCCGGUGUCAUGGCCAUUUGGGGGAUCACCCUGAAUGCCGUGUCGCUGGUGAACCUGGUCAUGGCCCUGGGCAUUGCGGUGGAGUUCACCGCGCACACGGUCCGUGCGUAUACCACCACCCCGGCUUCGAUUGCCCACUGCCGGGUGUCUCGCGCUCAGUAUGCCCUGAAUGAGGUGGGCGCCUCGGUGUUCAGCGGCAUCACCGUGACCAAGCUCCUGGGUGUGGCCAUUCUUGGUUUUGCUCAGAGCCAAAUUUUCGUGGUCUACUACUUCCGCAUGUAUGUGGCCAUCGUGGCCCUGGGGUUCCUGCAUGGGCAGAUCUUCCUGCCGGCGCUCUUCUGCCUGGUGGGCCCGGCCCCGGUGGCCGGCGGCAUGACAGCCGCCACCAUUGUGGCCAGCGGCGUGGGCCCGGGCGGUGCGCGCAUCGACCCGACCGGCUCGUCCAUGACCGACGCCGCUGCCGGGGGGGCUGGCGGCGGUUACCGCUGGUCGUCCGAUGGCGGCCCGGGCCAUGCGGAUUAUGAUGAUGAGGAUGCGCACCUUUGGAAGCCGGCCAAGCACCACCAGCAUUCCGGCGGGUCGGCCACGGCGGCGACCGUCGAUGGCUUCAUGGCUGCUCCGGUCAUCAAUGAUGUGGAUGCCGGGUCCUCUUCGGCCGGCGGCUCGGUGCAGCAGAUGUCCGGCACGGCCGAUGACCACCAGAGUGAUCUUCAUGCGCACCGGCUGCGCAUGUAUGGCGCCACCGAGUGAGAGCCUCGGUCCCCGGUGUGCUGGCAGUGUGAAGGGGGGGGGGGGGGGGGUGUGGGG